AUGGCUUCGGCGGGGACCCCGGAGCAGCGGCUCCCCGGGGCGGAGCGGCCGGCGGCGGCGGGGGGCCGGGCGGAGGCGCCGCGGUGCCGCAGUCUGCCCGCGCUCGGCUCCCCCCUGGCGGCCGGGGGGGGCGGCGGCGGCGGCGGCCCCGCCGCGGGACCGGCUCCCGAGGCCGAGCGGGGCCAGGGCGCCGCCGCCGCCGAGGCUGCCCGGCCCCCCGCCGCCGCCAGCGGCAGCGGGAGCUUCCCCUGGAAGACGGAGGGCGGCCAGCCGGCGGCGCCCGGCCGAGGGGUAUCCCUGGGCCCCCCGCUGCUGCUGCCGCCGCCGCCGCCGCCGGCGCUGCUGCUGGCGGGCCCCCCGGGCAGAGCGUGCCUGCGGGCUGUGCUGGCGGACUCGCGCUUCUUCCUGGUGUGCAUGUGCUUCCUGACCUUCAUCCAGUCCCUCAUGGUCUCCGGCUACCUGAGCAGCGUCAUCACCACCAUCGAGCGGAGAUACAGCCUCAAGAGCUCGGAGUCGGGGCUGCUGGUCAGCUGCUUCGACAUCGGGAGCCUGGUGGUGGUGGUCUUCAUCAGCUACUUCGGGGGUCGCGGGCGGAGGCCGCUCUGGCUGGCCGUAGGGGGGCUUUUCAUCGCCCUGGGCGCUGCGCUCUUCUCCUUACCUCACUUCAUCUCUCCGCCGUACCAGAUCCAGGAGCUGAACUCCUCCGUCACUAACGAGGGCUUGUGCGUGGCCGGCAAUAUCACUGCCAAAGAGCAGUGGGACACGUCGGCCUGCUUCAAGGACACCGGCGGAAAUGACCACUCUCUCUAUGUAGCUUUAUUCAUUUGUGCCCAAAUCCUCAUUGGCAUGGGCUCGACACCCAUCUAUACCUUGGGACCAACCUACUUAGAUGACAAUGUCAAGAAAGAAAACGCCUCGCUUUACCUAGCCAUCAUGUACGUAAUGGGAGCACUUGGACCUGCAGCUGGAUACUUAUUAGGAGGACUUCUUAUUGGUUUCUAUGUUGAUCCUAGGACAGCUGUGUAUAUUGACCAGAGUGAUCCCCGAUUCAUUGGAAACUGGUGGAGUGGAUUUCUCCUUUGUGCCAUUGCUAUGCUCCUUGUGAUAUUUCCCAUGUUUACCUUUCCGAAAAAGCUCCCUCCUCGACAUAAAAAAAAGAAAAAGAAGAUGAAUUCUGAUGAUGUUUCAAGUGAUGAUGAUGUGAUGAAAGAGAAAACAAGUAGCAAAACAGAAACAGACAGUUCAGUUUCUGCCUCUAUGGGAUUUGGAGAGAAUGUGAAAGAGCUUCCAAGAGCAGCUGUCAGGAUCUUAAGCAACAUGACAUUCCUUUUUGUGAGUUUGUCAUACACAGCUGAGAGUGCCAUUGUCACAGCUUUUAUUACCUUCAUUCCCAAGUUCAUCGAGUCACAGUUUGGCAUCCCAGCUUCCAAUGCCAGCAUCUACACUGGUGUGAUUAUUGUCCCAAGUGCUGGUGUUGGUAUUGUCCUAGGUGGCUACAUUAUAAAAAAGCUGAAACUUGGUGCAAGAGAGUCUGCAAAGUUGGCUAUGAUCUGCAGUGGUGUAUCUCUGCUGUGCUUUUCAACACUCUUUAUUGUUGGAUGUGAAAGCAUUAAUCUAGGGGGAAUAAAUAUACCUUACACAACUGGUCCCACUCUUGCCAUGGCCCACAGGAAUCUGACUGGAAGCUGUAAUGUUAACUGUGGAUGUAAGAUUCAUGAGUACGAGCCUGUCUGUGGAUCAGAUGGAAUAACGUAUUUUAACCCUUGCCUAGCUGGCUGCAUCAAUAGUGGAAACCACAGCACGGGGGUCAGAAAUUACACAGAAUGUGCCUGUGUGCAGAGUCGCCAGGUGAUCACUCCGCCGACAGUGGGCCAGCGCAGCCAGCUGCGACUGGUGAUUGUCAAAACCUACCUGAAUGAGAACGGCUACGCUGUGUCUGGGAAGUGUGAUCGAACCUGCAACACGCUCAUCCCAUUCCUCAUCUUUCUCUUCAUUGUAACCCUUAUAACAGCAUGUGCCCAGCCAUCAGCAGUCAUAGUGACACUCAGGUCUGUGGAAGAUGGGGAGCGGCCCUUUGCACUAGGAAUGCAGUUUGUUUUAUUAAGAACUCUUGCUUACAUUCCCACUCCAAUUUAUUUUGGGGCUGUUAUUGACACCACAUGCAUGCUUUGGCAACAGGAUUGUGGUGUACAAGGAUCUUGUUGGGAAUACGAUGUCACCUCGUUUCGUUUUGUCUACUUUGGAUUGGCAGCUGCUCUCAAGUUUGUGGGAUUCUUUUUUAUUUUCCUGGCCUGGUAUUCUAUAAAGUGUAAAGAAGAACAACUGCAGAGACAGAGUUGGAGGGCUUCGCCGGUGAACACUGUGAGUGAGAUGGUUGGACAAGCUGGACCCCAACAAAACUAUGCACGGACUAGAUCCUGCCCUACCUUCAGUUCCCAAGGAGACAUCAGUGUGGCACAAGGAAUGAGCUGCUUAGCACAGACCUACCCCGGCCCUUUUUCAGAAGCAAUAAAUUCCUCAAAUGAAAAUGCAUUGGAAGAAGUUGUUGAGAUAUAGACCCCUGGCUUGGUAAUGUAAUAUUUAGUUUUGUUGGUUGACUUAGUUACGGCGCCUUGUAAAACACCUGUGCCUUCUAUUUUUAAUCUAAAUGUAACACGUGAUAAAACCAACAAAGCUUGAUGCGAACAACCAUAAUAUGUUCCUGAGGGCUGGAUACCUCAAACCAACCCGAGUUCUUAUUUCUCCCCUCCCGACGAUGGAGUUUUAAAAAUUGUGUUUGUAAUUAUUUCAGAUGUGUCCAUUAAAUGUCCAUGCUCUGAUCUAAUAUCAUUGUAAAGUUGAGGUGUUACGAACAGCAGAAGUCAGUGGAAGAGUGACAAAAGCUCAUAUUGUUGAUGUCUCACAAAAAUGCUUUACUGUAUUGUCAACUUCAUAUCUGCAAAUUGUAUUUUUAAGAGAUGGGUAAUUACUGUGAGUUCUGCUACAAAGCACAACUGAACUUAUUUAAACUAUGCAACUUAUUUGGAUAAUUGUAUGUGCAGCAAAUUAAGUUUAAAGCUUGCUUUUAAAGACAUUACUGCAACUGAAUUUGAAAGGGGCUAUUUUCAGGCGUAAUCAUUAAAUUAAAAAAUAACAUAAGGUUUAAAGUACUGUUAAUAACAUGUCAAGCCAUACAAGACUUAUGCAUCAGGUAACGUUUGCAAAUGUUGAGUUGUAACAUUUUUAUCCUGUCAAAAUGUGCAUUAAUUUUCACUUGAUGGGAUGUAGUCUUUCUUCACAAAGUAUAUAGGAUACUGUAAUGCUUGAAGUAAAAAACUUCAGUAUUGGUUUAUAGUAACAUUAAGGAAUCACACACAUGUAGGAAUCACACACACAUACCAGAGCAGAUACGUGCAUAUUUCUGCAAUGUUGUUUGGGUGGCUGUUACUAGAACCAAGUCCAUACUUUCCUGAAGAAGAAAACAGCUGGUUAUAGCUUGAUAGGAAGUUUGGCUGUUCUUCAGAACUGCAUACCAGUCUAGUUCAGCUUCAGUGAGAAAGUCCUGAGGGAGAGCUAAUGGCCUCUGGUGUCUGGGACCUGGUGGGUCCCUGGCAGCCAGUGGCAGCAGAGUUCAGGCUGCAGGAGAGAGCAGAGCAGCCUGCCCACCGUGGUACCAGCUGCAAGGCUCUCCCUGCACUCCUGGCGCUGCUGAGGCUCUGAGCACCUGGCACCAGGACAGCUGGGAGGGGAGGGCUGGUGACACCCAGCACUGGGCAGCCUGGUGGGACAGGCCUGGAGGUCUUGCUUGUGUGGUUUGUCCCACAGAUGUCUGCCUGUCCUUUUCGCAGCUUCGCUGAAAGCUCCUGUGAAGGCAAAGGGUGAGUUUGUCUCUCUAUUGGCCCUCUGGGUGAAGAGCUAAGAAUAGAAAUUAUUGGCAAGUGUGGACUCACAGGACGUGACGUGGCCUUUGUUUAUUCAAAAUUACUGUAGUGUGUUCUCUCCCUGGGAGAUGCUGAGACUUUCUAAUCAAAUGUGCUUGGCAUUUCAUUUCUUGCUCUGGAGGCUUUGUAGUGCCAUGCUCAUGAGGUACUAAUGAUGUCUCAAAGGGCAGAAAAUUACGUCAGUUGGACACUGGAAGUCAAGGCUGUAUUGUGCCCUGCAGGGGAAGUCUUAGAAGUGUAAGAAAUUAAAAAACAGUCUUUUAAGAGGACUCAGUGAUAGUCUGAUUUGGAUUUUGCAGAGUAGAGAACUUGUGUGCAAAUAAACAGGAAAGAGCAGAGCUUCUACAUAUUUUUGAACAGAGUUAUUCCUGCUUUGAUUUUUCACUUUAGAACAUGUAUAUUGAUCAAAAACUCGAUGGAACCAAGUCCUUGGAAAUAAAGGCAGUACUCUCCUUGGUGUCCAUUGAGUUGUCCUGGGAAGAGUAGAUUUCACUCUCUGCCUUUGCCAACUGCCUUUUGUCAUCACCUGGAUCCUCUUGACCAGCACAUGGGACUACCCAUGGGACUGCUUAUUUCAGAGUGUCUCAGUCCAUUUAUGUAGUUUGUAACAAUUCUUACUCUUACUGUCUGAAAACUCCGAUUCUGCUACCCCAAACAUGGAGGAAUAUUGUUUUGAUCUCUUCCUGCUAUUCUGUCCAUAUUAACAGCUUUUUUUGGGUUAAGGCUGAGAAUGUCUUUUCUUUUUAUGAAGCCACUAGAUACAACAUGUCCUCAGUCAGCACACACUUUCUGAGAUAACUGGGUUCUACACUUCUUGUCCUGAGAAAUAAAUUUCCUUGGCUCAAAGGUGUUUUAUAUAUAUAGAUAUAUAUAAAAUAGGAGAUCAGAAUAGAUGGUAAAAAUGUUUCCUUUUCCUUUAGUCUCAAAUGCUUGUUGCACAAAGAAUUUUCUACCAUGGCAAAAGUUGGCAAAGUAGUAGGACAAAGUGUAAUUGCAGCCCAGCACUCAUCCAUUUUUAUCACUUCCCCAUUUUAAUCAUCACAGGGAGAAGUGAAGAGUGACAAUCUUUUCAAAUACCUCAGAAACAGAGCAUUUAGGGAAUUGUAAAAGACUGAAGAUUAAUCAUCUUACCAACCUCUUAUAUUUCAUGCCUUGUGUGCUUCUGUUCCAUACAAAAACCAAGGGAGAGAAGAUUAGGAUUGUCAGGAACUAAUGACACCACUGAUGCCAAAGAAUGAGAGUGAUAAAAAUGGCACUUCUGCAACUGCUGGUGUUUCUGAGCUUUCAAGGGAUUUCAGAGCUUGUUUCAAUGGAGACCCAUCUAUUUUUUAGGAUAUCCUGACCCUUCGACUCAAAAGAACAUUCAUAUUUCCUAAAUGGUUGAAAAAGUGGAAUGUAGAAAGACAGAUAUUAACUUCAGAAAUACUGAAAAAGCCUUCUUUAUAUACUUUCAAUUUUAAUUUUUAAUUAGAAAUUAAAUUUUAAUUUUUCUUUGAGAAUUAUAUGCAAAACAAAAUGUAGUUCCUUACUUUUCAAACAGAUUUUUUCCUGGUUUAGGGUAUAGAUAAUUUUGGCAAUAUGAAUAAAUUUCUAUAAAAUCAAUUAAGUCAGUGUCCUCUGAAAGAAAGAAAACCCAGACUCUGGCUGGGUUUUGGUUGCUUCCUGAAGGAGGGUUUCUCAUGAGUAAUCUAUAAUAGUCUAAACUAAGCCAAUAAAGGUAUGCAGGUGGAAUACAUUCACCUCCUAGAAAUGUCAGUUCCAGCAUUGUUACUGACUAGUAUAUGGGCUGCUGCACAAACACUGUGCUCUGAGGCUGUCAUUGCUGGAGGAAGCAGAAUCUCCAGACAUUGAGUGCACCCCUAGCAGUGGUCAUGGUCAACACAUGGGGCUAAACCAACUUCACAAGAACUAAAAAAGAACUUUACCUGUCAUCUGGAGAUGGGGCCCAUGCUUUCUUCCUGCUGUGAGACCCUCUCACUAUAGAACAUAAAAUUCCAGUAAGCUGUAAUUUUUGCCACCUUCCCUUUCUGUCCCUGAGCACAGAAGGUUUGGUAGCAGUGAAUACAAGAAGAGGUGAAGCAGAUCCUGCUCAUCCACAGGCUGCUGUUGGUAGCAAACCCAAUUGCAGCUUACCAGCCAGUGAUAACAUGGAGCAGCAUCUGGUGGUGGUCAAAGUGCCACCAUGCCCUCAUAGGGACAGACUAACUCCCCCUUCCACCACUUAGUCCUGAUUUAGAGUGGUGAACAUGAGAAGCAGCCCAAAUACCUGGACUUGAGUGAACAGGCGAAUUGUCCCUGCUUAGCCUCCCAUUCACCCUUGUUUCCUCAGAAAGGAGAAAACUUCAGAAUGGAUGCAGCCAUGGCCUUGGGUUCUUGUGAAUGCAGCACCCUCAGGAGAUAAUUUGUAGAUCUUUGCAGGGCUGGAAUAAUCUGGAGAGUGGGACUCUCCAUGUAUCCAGUUUUAGUCAAAAGCCCUCUGGUUUUGGUCCCCUUCUUUCCCUUGAACAUACUGGAUAAAAUAUGGUAUAAUUUGAAACCAAUGACAUUUUACAGCCUGUCAGUACAGUGUGAGAAGCUGCAAAAAAACUUGGAAUAUUAUGGUGCAAUUUUUAUUUAUUUGGAAACUUUCAGUUCUUCGGUCAGCCUGUAUAUCUUUAAAAGUGCAUUUAGUAACAUGCAGUUCUUCAGAACUUAUUGAUAUGUAAGUGGAGUCACAAAUCUACUAGGUAUUAGAAAUGUGCGUUUGAAAGGUCCUAAAUUACAAACACUUGAAUAUAGUGCUUUCAAAAAAUGGGACUUUUUAAUAUUGCUUAUUUGUAGUAUUAGCUAUUCAUUCAAUAUGGUUCUCAUCCAGCAGAACACUUAAAUAUGUGGGUAAAUUUAUGUGUUUAAGUAAUGCACUUGAAAAUAAUGCGCAUAUGUAAGAAUGGCACUAAAUCCUGUCUGCAUUAAAAAAGAAAUUUCUUUAUCCAAAGAAUAUUUCUAUGAUGAGCUCGUCCCCCAUGGAUUCAGGGAUAUUUGUAACCAGAAUAGCACAAACUAGCACUUGAGUUCUCUCCUGUGGCAUUCAGGUGUGGCUACUUACAUAUCCAGCAAUGGAGGAAGGCUGUAAUUUUCAAAUAGAAUUAAAAAUCAAAAUAUUUUGUGGGAAUGAUCUUAAAUUCAUCCUCGCUCUUCCUACCAUUCAUUUAUUUUACUAAUUUCUAUCUGACAACAUGUGUUGUUCUAUCUGAAAUAAAGGCAUCCUUCUGACCUUAGAGCCAAUGAAAUUACUCAGGUAAAGCUGUAGACUCAAACUGUGCCCUUCCACAGAAUAAUUCAGAUGACAAGUUGUCAGUAUCCCGCACAAAAGGAGCAGAACACUGCCUGCUCAGUGGAACUUCAGACAGCAUGUCUGGGACAGAGGGAGCACCCUCUGUACUGUUCUUGCAGGUUCUCCCCCAAAAUGCCUGAAUAAUUGCUGCCUUACUGCACUUGCCUGUGCAUGUGAUACCACAGCUCUUCAUGGUGUUAUAGUGACAUAAAACUGAUGAUAAAUAGGUCCAAAGUGUCUUACUGCUAUUUUGGAGCCAGAUUCUUGGCCUCACCAGUCCAAUGUUGAGGCUGAAGAACCUUGUGUUGGAAGUUAACAAGCUGGUGCUUUGGAAGUGUGUGUGAACUAGGGAAUAUCAAGCUUGUUUAGCUUUUAUACUCUAUUCACUAUUACUGCUCUUUUUGGAGGUGGAAGACAAAAGACUUCCUAAACAGGUUUAUCUUCUGUUUUUUCAAUAAUGUGUCUUACAAUGGCUUAGGAGAUGCCAUGCUGCAUGCUUAAGAAUCUGGCUUCCCCCAGCUGAAGUCAUCCAGCUGUAGUUGCUUUCCAGGGGCUUAAAACACCUGGUAACAGAGAUUUACUAGGACUGCAACCUGCAUAGUUAUUGCUUUGGACAGAGUGUUUGCUACUUAUAGAUAAAACCUGCAAUCAACACAUUUCAGGUUCUUCAUGUACUGGGCUUGAUUCUUUGAAUGUUUUCAUCACUUCAGAGUGCUUAGGAAAUGGGCAGUCAACAUCAUGGUGGUAGAUUUAUUCUUUGGUAGGGAAUUAAGGCUUUCUUCUUUUUUCUUUUCUUGUUUCUUCUUUUUCUUUUUUUUACUUCUUUUUUUUCUGUUUUUUCUUCUUUUUUUCCCCUUGUUUGACAAAUAGCAAUGCAAAAAGAUUGGAUGUAGACAGUGUCACAGAGUAGAGAUGUGGAGCCUUCAGUGUGAGGACAGAGUAUGGGCAGU